GCUUUUCUCUCUGUAUAAUCAAGAACCUAUGUCAGUUAAGACUUUAAUUGCGUACCUCUCACUUUUCUUUUAUUCUGGGUAGGAAUCUUUUUGUUUGCUUUUAGUCUAAGCAAGGCAAUAAUAGUGUGUGAAGUGAACAGAAAACUUGGGAUCUUUUUGUUUGUUUGGCUUUGCUUGUGUACUGCGAAGUUUCGAGUGUUUGUUGUUCACGGUACUAUAUUUGUUUCCCAUACGUAUUUCCUAUUGCUUUGGUUUUAGGAUCAAAGGUUAACGCUAGUGGAAGAUUGGUAGAAAUGAGUAGUAGAUGUUGUUUAUGGAUUCAAUUUGAGGCUUGCCUCAGAAGGAAGCCUCUUUUUUCUUUGUGCUUGUAUAUUGGAGGUUAUUUUCAAGCUCUUACUGGUUUAAUGAUGAGAAAGCUGAAAGAGAAAUGCAGAGCCCUCUUCAGUAGCAGAGGUUGUUUUGGAUGUUGUACUAAGCCGCCACUUAUAAUAUCUGUGGAUGAGCCAUCCAAGGGGCUUAAAAUUCAAGGUCAUCGGGUAAAAAGACCCAGCAUAAAAGAGGAUUUUUGGAGUAGCAGCACAUAUGAAAUGGAGAAUAGUGCAUUUCCAUCCCAAAGAAGUGUUUCUUCGAUUAGCACUUCGAAUCUGACUCUUGACCAGCAGGGUACCAGCAGCAGCACUAGCAACCCUACUGAGUUUGUAAAUCAUGGACUUUUUCUUUGGAAUCAGACAAGGCAGCUGUGGAUUGGAGACAAGGAGUCCAAAAGACCCAAGCAACCUCAAGAGCCCAAAUUAGGGUGGAAUGCAACUUACGAGAGUCUGCUUGGUACCAAUAAACCUUUUCCUCAGCCCAUCCCUCUACCAGAAGUGGUAGAUUUUCUUGUUGAUAUUUGGGAGCAGGAGGGACUGUACGAUUGAGUUGUCAUAGAUGAGAUACAUUUGUCGACUCUCAUUAUUCCUUUGUUAUUGUAACUUGCAUGAAAUUUUACCAAAGAUGUCCAAAUGUUUAUACCGACAUAUGGAGCAACCAAGUUGGUGUGCCCUUUGUCCUUGCUGAUAGUGAUGAUUGAUGGUAUUUAGUCAUGCAGCAAAUGGUCUUCCUUUGUUACUGUUGCUCUUUGCUGCAUCAGGACCUUGUUGCUAGUCAAUUAUUGGGAACAUUCUCCACUAAGUGUC